GCAUCAAGGCCAACCRAUUGGAGUCCUUUCCCCAGGCUGAGCCCCGGACUUGUUUGCUUGAAACUGAUACGCCAUGGAAAAAAAUMCUGUGCUUGGCAUAGAUCUWGGCACUUCUUACUGCUGUGUUGCUGUAGUGUUCAACAUGAACAAGAUUGAGAUUGUUCCGAAUGAACUUGGGGCCAGGAUAACGCCAUCCUACGUGGCAUUCCCUGGAAACGACAGAUGUCUGGUUGGGGAUGCUGCUAAGAAACACGGCAUGAAGUAUCCGGAGCAGUGCAUAUUCGAGGUCAAGAGGCUGAUGGGGCAAUCAUUUCGCGAUUCCUCAAAGAGGUGUCCUUUGAAGUUGUCAUCCGGUCCACUCGGUGGAGUUCUUGUUAAUGUCGGUGAGAAGGAAUACAGACCAGAAGAUAUUUCCGCCUCUUUGCUGAAGCAGAUGAGGUCCAUUGCGGAGGACUACGCCGAUCGCCGUCCGAUCAAGGAUGCGGUCAUCAGUGUACCUGCGUACUUCAUCUACCAUCAGAGGAGGGCGACUAUGGCCGCCGGAGUCAGUGCAGAAUUAAAUGUGUUACGACUAAUAAGCGAACCUACAACCGCGGCUCUAGCUUACGGGCAUCAGCGGUUGAUAGGGAGUAGGAAAAUUGCAGGAGUGGUGUACGGGGAUCAGCGGGUGAUUGGGAGUAGCUAUGGUGGAGGGGGAAGACGCAGCCUGACGGAAAGAUGCUGGGGCUACGAUGAACUGGGAAACGAUACGCGUGAUCGCCCGAAUUACAAACGCUGGGACCAACAUGGAGGGAGCGUGUUUAGCUGCAGGGGUGCAGAGACAGUGGGGAAGAACAUCCUGGUGUUCGACAUGGGUGGGGGAACAUUCGACGUCUCCAUUGUCACCAUGAAAGAGGGGCCUCAAAACGACUUCAGCUUUGUGGUGAAAGCAGUCGCGGGAGACACUCAUCUUGGGGGUACUGAGAUAGACAAACGGCUGUUUAAGCAUGUGGCGGAGCAGUUUGGGAGCGAGCUUGAAAGGAAGGAUUUUCUGGUCAAGCCAAGGAUUCGCACAAAGCUUAAUCAGCUCGUCGUGGAUGCGAAGCAUGAUCUGUCCAUCAAACCCGAGACGGAGAUCGACCUUGAUUGUGGUGGUGACAAUGUCCUCAGCCUGAGAUUGAACCGCACCAAGUUCGAGGCACUGAACCAAGACCUGUUCGACAAGUGCAUGACAAUCGUCGAACAAGCUCUUCGUGAUGCGAAGAUCAGCAAGAGUGAUAUCUCCGACGUGCUUCUGGCAGGUGGCUCGGCGAGAAUCCCAAGGGUGCAAGAGAUGCGGACAGCUUUCUUCGGAAAGACGCCCAUCAAGUCCGUCCAUCCUGAUGAGGCUGUGGCAUUUGGAGCUGCAGUACAGGCCGGCUUGCUGGCCAGACAAGAUAAUUGCGUAAAGGCAUCCAUAUCCGUCCGCGAUGUCACAUCGGUAAGUAUCGGUGUAGGCGCAAAGUGUGGCAUUACGAGCAUGGUUAUUCCCAGAAACUCUUCCCUUCCAGCAGCUGGAAGUGCUUAUUUUUUUUUGAUGGACUUCCAGAAGUCCUUUCAGACGAUGUUGUAUGAAGGUGACCGUGCUCUCUGUAAAAAUAACCGGCCGAUUGGUGAGCUCAAGCUGGACGGUUUCACUCCCUGUCCUGCAACCUUGGAUACCUCCAUCGAGGUCGAGCUCAAAAUCGACGCUAAUGGGAUUCUCCAUGCGACAGCAGAGGCGGUUGCAAAUCAUGGGGACAUAGGGACAAAAGUGGAAACCACAGUGACACUCGACACAGACUUUGUGCAGUAUUACGCAAACGUCUCAGAGGCAACGGAUUGGUACAUGCCGCAAGCGAAAGCAGAGGACGCCAGGAUAUGGGCAGCGGAAACAUCAAUGUAUAAGCUGCGGAAGUUAAUUCUGACGUUGCGAGAACAACAUUCAUCCAACGAGUGCGACACGGAUCUGAAGAAGCAUUUGACCGAGGCUUGGGAUUGGUGGAGCAAGCAUGAGAAACUGGCGUCGGAGGAGGACUACAAAAGGAGGUAUGCAGAGCUUGAACAGUUGGCAAAGGUUCAAAACCUUGCUGUGACCUUGUAAUCAACCCAGUCUGAGUCUUAAGGCCUGGCAUUGGCCUGCCAUAG